AUGAGAAAAAAAAGAAGUGGAGGUUUUCCACCCUAUGACUUUAUAUUCCAAAUCAAUGGAUAUGCAGAUCAUGUAACAUAUAGUUAUAAUCCAGAAACUAAAAGAUAUUACCGCACAAACGGUGUAUUAUAUCCACCUGAAGAACACAAGGAACCUAAACAAAAAGCAAACCAACAACCACAACAACAAUUAAUGCAGCAACAACAAAAUCCAAGAGCUCAACAAGAAGGAUAUCAAAAUGAAAACUUUACUGCUCAAUAUAACCAAGGAAACAUGCCACAGGCUCAACACUAUCAACAAUCACAAUAUCAGCAACAAUUACAACAAAAUCAAAGAGCUCAACAAGAAGGAUAUCAAAUAGAUAACUUAUCUGUUCCAUAUAUUUCCACUUAUCUGUUCCAAGGAAACAUUGAAGAACAACAGCUUCCAGAAGAUGAAUUUCUUCCACCACAAGCUUCAACACCACCUAACCAACAACUUCAAUUCAAUAGUACCGGAGAAAGAGAUACUGAAGAAGAAGAAGAAGAACAAAAUGAAACAACUAAAACAACUCAAGAAAAUUCUGAUAAUGAUAAUAAUCGACAAAAACUUUUCAUAAAUGUUCAUGAUGAUAUAAAUUUAUUUCCAGAUGAUGAAGAACGACCCUUUUGGAAUAGAUAG